ACUGAGGGAAAGGCACCCGCGCUGCCGGAAGUGGGCGCGCGGUUCUCGCCACCCUGACCGUGGCAGGAGGGCGGAGGAGUCGCCAUGGAGCUGCUUGACCCGGACGCCGCCGGCGAAGAUGCCAUGGACUCGUUCCUAGAAAAGUUCCAGAGCCAGCCUUACCGUGGCGGCUUCCACGAGGACCAGUGGGAGGAGGAAUUUGAAAAGGUCCCCCUAUUUAUGAAGAAAGCGCCAUCUGAAAUUGAUCCCAAUGAGAAUCCUGACUUGGCUUGCCUUCAGUCAAUUAUUUUUGAUGAAGAGCGAUCUCCAGAAGAACAGGCCAAGACCUAUAAGGAUGAGGGCAAUGAUUACUUUAAAGAAAAAGACUAUAAAAAGGCUGUGAUUUCGUACACUGAAGGAUUAAAGAAGAAAUGCACAGACCCUGAUUUGAAUGCUGUCCUUUAUACCAACCGGGCAGCAGCACAGUACUAUCUAGGCAAUUUUCGUUCUGCUCUCAAUGAUGUGACAGCUGCCAGAAAGCUAAAACCCUGCCACCUCAAAGCAAUAGUAAGAGGUGCCUUAUGCCAUCUGGAACUGAAAAACUUUGCUGAGGCUGUGAACUGGUGUGAUGAAGGGUUGCAGAUCGAUGCCAGAGAGAAGAAGCUUCUGGAAAUGAGGGCUAAAGCAGACAAGCUGAAGGUUGGCAAAAUCAUUAGCCAGUUGGCAUUUAUUACUUAGCACUAAUUAAUUAGUAUUUCCCAGAUUGUGUCUUUUGGGUCAUUGUCAACUUUUUCUUCUUUAAAAACAAAACCCAAAACUAUUCCCUACCUUUGGAACUCUGGAGGACACAAACAAAUAAAGACAUAAAUAGUUAUAAUGUGA